AUGAAAGCAACACAUUUAGUAUUAUUGGCAAUUGCAUUGUCGUUGUUUAUAUUGUGUUUAGUUGUGAUGCUCUCAAUGACAUUGGCAUUCUUCACUUCUAUAUCAGUAGUACUAUUGCCAUUGGUAUUGAUCAUUACCGGUGUUGUAUUCUUUGUCAGACAAAGAUUCAUCAACAAAAGAAUAAAUAGACCAUUCACUGUUGACCUUAUCAAUCCAGUCAAUAUAUAUCAAUCUAAUACAAAUACAAAUAUAUCAAUAAAACAACAACAACAACAACAUAGUGCUGCAGGUGGUGGUGGUGAAAGAGUAUUAUGGUGCUCUAUUAAAGCGAUUCAAGAUCAAUAUCCAUCCAUUAAAUGUGUUGUAUACACAGGUGACAAUGUAACAGAUCAACAGAUCUAUCAAAAGAUAAAGAGUCAAUUCGAUAUAGAUUUAAAUAGAGAGAAUUUAGAGUUUGUAAGAUUAUCAAAGAGACAAUAUAUUCAAACGUUGCAUCACCUCUUGGAAAACCAUCCAGAACACCGUGACAAUGUGAAAUUCAUCUUGGUGGGAUCGACGCGUGACCAAGCGGAUCGUGACCGUGUGGACGCGCUCCGCAGCCUGGCGGCAGAACUCAAGGUGGCCGACCACAUGCAACUCGAGGUCGGUGUGUCCGCCAGCAUGUUGAAUCAACUGCUGAACGAAGCAUCCGUAGGUAUUCACACGAUGUGGGCAGAACACUUUGGCAUUGGCGUGGUCGAGUUGAUGGCGGCCGGUGUCAUCACGGUGGCACACAACAGCGGUGGUCCCAAGGAAGACAUCAUCGAGCAUCGCACCACAGGAUUCCUCGCCACCACCAAAGAAGAAUACGCCGAGUACAUUCACGAGAUUCUAGCAAACAAAGAGAAAUUCAUUGAAAUGCAAAAGGCAGCACGUGACUCCACCGAUCGAUUCUCAGAGGAGAACUAUUAUAUUCAGUUCAUCGAUAAAAUACAACAACUAUUACCAGAUAAUCAAAAGAAAAAAGAUUAA